AAUUCUUCUCUCUCUCUAACUCUUGCACAAGCCUGCCACCAUAACCACCUGCAACGCUUGUGAACUUGUCAUUCGGAGCCACUGAUCCCAUGUCUUCCCUAGAGGAGAAGAACAUUAGCAGUGGAGCUGAUAAGGACCAGAACGUUGAGGCAGGUUCGGCACGAGGACCCCGCGAAGGGCUGGAAGGCAGAUCUGUUUUCAUAAGUUGGGAGGAUCUCUGGGUCAAGGUUCCGGACAAGAAGAGUAAGUCGAGAUCGAUCCUUCGAGGGUUAACUGGUUAUGCAAAGCCCGGUCAGGUCUUGGCAAUCAUGGGUCCCUCCGGAAGUGGCAAAUCCACCCUUCUCGAUGCACUUGCAGGGCGCCUAGACUCAAAGGCCAGGCAAACCGGCCAAAUCCUUGUCAACGGUCGGAAACAGCCCCUGGCAUAUGGCACAUCGGCUUACGUGACCCAGGAAGAUGUUUUGACGUGGACACUUACGGUCAGAGAAGCCGUGUACUGUUCAGCCGAGCUCCAACUCCCCGACUCUAUCCCUCUCUCCGAGAAAAGGGAGAGAGCGGAGGCGACGAUAAAGGAGAUGGGCUUGCAUGAUGCGAUGGACACCCGAAUUGGGGGUUGGGGCACAAAGGGCCUCAGCAACGGGCAGAAGAGGAGGGUCAGCAUAUGCAUGGAGAUCCUGACCCGCCCGAGGCUACUGUUGCUUGAUGAGCCCACGAGCGGGCUUGACAGCGCUGCCUCGUACUAUGUCAUGAAGAGAAUCGUCGACCUAGCCAAACACAACAACAUGGUGGUAAUUGCGUCUGUACAUCAGCCCAACAGCGACGUGUUCGGGCUCUUCGAGGACUUGUGCCUGCUCUCACUAGGGAGCAUGGUGUACUUUGGUCCAUCAAGUGAAGCAAGAGAGUUUUUCUCAGGAAAUGGUUUCCCAUGUCCCAGUCAUCAAAAUCCAUUGGAUCAUUACCUCAGGACCAUCAACACAGAUUUUGAUGAGGACAUAGACAGCAGAUUCGGAGGACAGUUUUGUUCGACAGAGGAAGUAAUUACAGUACUUAUAAGAUCUUACAAGUCUUCAGUGUCUUACACUGAAGUUCGAAGACAGAUAUCAGAGAUAAAAAGACGGGGAGGAGAUCCGCUAGAGAAAGGUAAUCAAGCAGGCUUCUACACGCAGUGUGGCAUAAUCAUGAGAAGGUCCUUUGUGAACAUGUGUCGUGACCCAGGCUACUACUGGUUGCGCCUUGUUAUAUACAUUGCUCUGGGUUUGGGUUUAGGCACUGUCUUCUACGACAUUGGAUCCGACUAUAGUUCGAUUCAGGCAAGAGGUUCGAUGCUCAUGUUCGUAGCAUCUUUUUUAACGAUCUUGGCCAUUGGAGGCUUCCCUUCUUUUGUUGAGGACAUGAAGGUGUUUGAGAGGGAAAGAUUGAAUGGACACUAUGGAUCUGCUGCCUUUGUUCUUGGCAACACCCUAUCAUCCAUGCCGUUCCUACUCGUCAUUUCCCUAAUUCCCAGUGCCAUCACAUACUUCCUCGUCGGGCUCCAGCAGAAUAUUGGGCAUUUCAUGUACUUUGCCUUGACCCUGUUUGCGUGUAUGAUGUUGGUCGAGAGCUUGAUGAUGAUAGUCGCGAGUCUGAUGCCAAACUUCCUCAUGGCUCUCAUUACCGGUGCUGGGAUCCAGGGACUGAUGAUACUCAGUGGAGGAUUCUUCCGGCUACCGAACGACCUUCCAAGGAUCCUCUGGAGGUACCCUCUAUACUACAUUGCCUUCCACAAGUAUGCAUACCAAGGUCUGUAUAAGAAUGAAUUCGAGGGGCUAAUGCUGCUAGCCAGGAACAUUCCUUCAACGAGGCAAGGCUAUUCUAGCGAAGAAGAGAUACUGAGAGAUGUUUGGCAAGUAGAAAUGGGCUACUCCAAGUGGACCAACCUCGGCAUUCUGUUUGGGAUGGUCGUUAUUUAUCGAGUCAUCUUCAUUGGGGUUCUCCAGCUGAAGGAGAAAUUCAAGCCCGUGAUCCAGGAAAUCAUGUCCAUUUCGCAUCAUCGAGCAGAGAGGUCACCGAUAAAUCCGUAUUCGAGACUUUUGCAAGGCUCAGACAGCAGCGGAGUCCAGGAUUUUAUAACAAAAGCAGAUAGAAGGGUUUUGGCCUCGGAGAUCUGACAUCAAGAUGCUGUGUAGCCUACACAAAAGCAUCAUAUAAACGUUGUACAUAAUUGUACAGAACUUAAUUAAAUGUGGAAAAUUCAAAACUUUCAUGAUU